AUGAUCGUGUCCACAGACGGUCUGUUUGGGCAGUGCCGUACCUCUAAGCAGGACCAGGUUAAGUUCCAGGUGUCAGUUCCUGUUCUGAAGAGGAUGCAGGAGGUCCUCAAGCAGCUGAUGCUACAGGGUCUGUCCUGGCAGGAUGACAUCACCCAGUACAUUGUUGCCAAAGAGCUGGGCAGAGUUCCUCACACCACACAGUCCCUGAAGGACUCCUCCUUCUCACAAACCAAGCAGAGCUCCUCCAAUCAGGGAGGAUACCCCAGCAGCUCCUCCAAUCAUGGAGGAUACCCCAGCAGCUCCUCCAAUCAGAGAGGAUACCCCAGUAGCUCCUCCAAUCAGGGAGGAUACCGCAGCAGCUCCUCCAAUCAGGGAGGAUUCCCCAGCAGCUCCUCCAAUCAGGGAGGAUACCCCAGCAGCUCCUCCAAUCAGGGAGGAUACCCCAGCAGCUCCUCCAAUCAGGGAGGAUACCCCAGCAGCUCCUCCAAUCAGAGAGGAUACCCCAGCAGCUCCUCCAAUCAGGGAGGAUACCCCAGCAGCUCCUCCAAUCAGAGAGGAUACCCCAGCAGCUCCUCCAAUCAGGGAGGAUACCCCAGCAGCUCCUCCAAUCAGGGAGGAUACCCCAGCAGCUCCUCCAAUCAGGGAGGAUACCCCAGAGGAUACCCCAGCAGCUCCUCCAAUCAGGGAGGAUACCCCAGCAGCUCCUCCAAUCAGAGAGGAUACCCCAGCAGCUCCUCCAAUCAGGGAGGAUACCCCAGCAGCUCCUCCAAUCAGGGAGGAUACCCCAGCAGCUCCUCCAAUCAGGGAGGAUACCCCAGCAGCUCCUCCAAUCAGGGAGGAUACCCCAGCAGUUCCUCCAAUCAGGGAGGAUACCCCAGCAGCUCCUCCAAUCAGGGAGGAUACCCCAGCAGCUCCUCCAAGUCAGGGGCCAGUCAGGCUGACAGCCACCAGGACUACUUGAUAGUAAACCAUCUCCAGUCCCCCCUCCACAUGCAGACAUCUCCCAUGGACCCCUUUACCUACCAACAGCACAGAUACCAGGAAGAUACGGAGCGCUCCCUCCACCAGGGAGGAAAGGUCUACGCAGGGCUCCGUCCUUCCUCCAGAUACCAACAGGCCAAACAGAGAGAGAGAGACCGUCAGCUGCUGCAGGACGUCAUCUCCCUCUAUCUGUCCUCAUCCCCUGCACUGCCCUCAUUCCGCCACCGGGGGGUAUCAGCCCUGCCGGCCCCAACCUACUACGAGCAACCGGAGCUUUCUCUGGACUACGUGGAAGACUACAGUCUGACGGAGCUGGCUAUGGCUAGAGACAGACAACAUCAGCAACAGCAGCAGCAGCUUCCACAGCAGGACUACAGCUCUCUGGCUGGGCUGGAUGAGACUAUCCUACAGCAUAUGGUGGAGACCCUGGAGAUGUACGGUAUAGACCCUAGAGAGCUGACCUCCCAGCAGCUCUACAGACUGGCUGUGGUGCUGCAGCUGAUGCAGGCUGAGGACAAGGACAACAUAGAUCCACUUACCGAUGAUCCAAAGAAGACGCAGCAGGUUCUUAAAAGCAGUGACACAGUGCCCAAAAAGGGAGAGAAAGCUCCCGUCCUUGUCCCCCCUCCCUCCUCUGCCCCAGGGCCCAAGGUGGCCCCUACCCUGGCCCCAACUGCCACUAGUCCCCCCCUCACAGCACCUCUAGGGGGCAGCGUGACAGCCAAGGACUCUUCUGUCUCUGUGGAGGAUGUGAAAGGAAAGGUGAAAAGCUCCAAUGUCCCAGCAGGGCUACCAGCUGCUGAGGGAGGAAAAGCAUCCAGGGAGGAGUAUGGAUACAUCGUCACUGACCAGAGUCCUCUCAGUCUGUAUAAUGGGGUGAAACUACUGGGCGUACUGGCAGAGAGGAUCCACCUGACUACCAGCAGCUUCAUCAACAUCAGUGUGGUGGGCCCUGCCCUGACGUUCAGGAUCAGGCAGAACCCUCAGAACAUGAGUGCAGAGGAUAUGGCUGAGAAGGCUGCAUCUCAGAAGUCCUUUCUGGAGUCUGAGACGGGGUUGAAGAUACUGCAGACUGGUGUGGGAGAGAGGAGCGAGGGUCAUGGGCUGCCCCAUGCCACGCGGGCGAGGGAGGGCUCCAGUGGGCUGGUACUGACGCUGGUGUCCAUGGCGUGUGUGAGCGGGGCGGUGGUGGUAGCGUUGACCAUCGCCUGCCUCAGACACCACGCCAAGCAGCUGGCCUCAGGGAAACUGGGCCUCGGACCCGAGGCAGGACCGGAGACACACGUUGACUACCAGGAGCUCUGCAGGCAGCACAUGGCAGCCAAGACGUCGUUCAGUCGUCAGGAGGCGGUGGGCGGGGGAGCGGGGGGACGGAGGGGGACAGACACCUCCAGGGUGAGCAGCGUGUCGUCCCAGUUCAGUGACGGCCCCCAACACAGCCCCUCCUCACACAGCAGUACGCCCUCCUGGAGCGAAGAGCCCGCCCAGUCCAACAUGGACAUCUCUACUGGUCACAUGAUACUGGCCUAUAUGGAGGAUCAUCUGGAGAAUAAGGACCGUCUGAUGAAGGAGUGGGAGGAUCUAUGUUCCUACAAGGCUGAACCCAGUGCUGUCACUGUAGCGCAGAGUGAAGCCCACCUGGAGAAGAACCGCUCCCCUGACUCUCUGCCCUAUGAUCAUUCCCGUGUGAAAUUGAAGGCAGAGAGCAACUCCACCAAGGAAGACUACAUUAAUGCCAGCAUCAUAAUUGACCACGACCCUCGACUGCCUGCUUACAUCGCCACCCAGGGACCACUGGCACACACCAUCGCUGACUUCUGGCAGACGGUCUGGGAGAAUGGCUGCACAGUGAUAGUGAUGAUUACAGCCCUGGUUGAGGAUGGAGAGAUUCAGUGUGUUCGCUACUGGCCUGACGAGGGAUCCUCCCUCUACCACAUCUAUGAGGUGAACUUGGUCUCUGAACACAUCUGGUGUAAAGACUUCCUGGUUCGUAGUUUCUACCUGAAGAACGUUCAGACCCAGGAGACUCGUACCUUGACACAGUUCCACCUGCUCAGCUGGCCCGCCAACGGAAUCCCUACCUCCACACGCCCUCUGCUGGACUUCCGCAGGAAGGUGAAUAAGUGCUACAGAGGUCGAUCCUGCCCCAUCAUCGUCCACUGCAGUGACGGCACUGGCAGAACUGGAACCUACAUCCUUAUUGACAUGGUCCUCAAUCGCAUGGCUAAGGGCGUGAAGGAGAUUGACAUUGCUGCAACAUUGGAACACAUUCGGGAUCAGAGACCGAACUUAGUCCGCACCAAGGACCAGUUUGAGUUUGCCCUGACCGCCGUGGCAGAAGAGGUCAAUGUCAUCCUGAAAGCUCUGCCACAGUGAACCAUGUGUCUACCACCUCUACCACCGUACAACUACAAUUACCAUGAAAGUUAUGCAUCAUCAUACCAAUGACGGCCAUAUUGAGUGUCCCCCAUCAUUGUACCAGUCACACUGCUGUGGUCUGAGGGGCUGUUGACGAUCUAGUAAUUCUAUUUCUAUGGCCAUUAUUAACCCUUCGUCUACAUCCAGACACACAACCAGGGAGGAACUACAUUUCCCAGAGUCCAUUACUACUACACCAAUGACCAUAGGAGUCAGCGAGACCGAACAAACAGAUCUGAGACCAGGCUACUAUUAUUAUGCAUUAAUAAUGAAAUUAAAUGAGGUUUUAAUAAAUCCUGUUGAUUAUUCAGAUCAGACAACACUUUAAAUGUACAGUAGGACCCCUUCACAGGGUCUUGUUAUUGGAUUUUAGAUUGAGAUCUGGUCUUAAAAUACUGUGACUUGAUUCUGUAACAUUUCUCCUUUCUCACUCUGAUUCUCAGUCUCAGACAUGUCUCACUAGAGAUAUUACAAUUACCAUGAUCCCUCCUGUUCUGUUGUCAUGGAGAUGGUGUAUUACCACGAUCCCUCCUGUUCUAUUGUCAUGGAGAUGUUGUGUUACCAUGAUCCCUCCUGUUCUGUUGUCAUGGAGAUGGUGUAUUACCACGAUCCCUCCUGUUCUAUUGUCAUGGAGAUGUUGUGUUACCAUGAUCCCUCCUGUUCUGUUGUCAUGGAGAUGUUGUAUUACCACGAACUCUCCUGUUCUGUUGUCAUGGAGAUGUUGUAUUACCACGAACUCUCCUGUUCUGUUGUCAUGGAGAUGUUGUAUUACCACGAACUCUCCUGUUCUGUUGUCAUGGAGAUGUUGUGUUACCAUGAUCCCUCCUGUUCUGUUGUCAUGGAGAUGUUGUAUUACCAGGAUCCCUCCUGUUCUGUUGUCAUGGAGAUUUUGUAUUACCAUGAACUCUCCUGUUCUGUUGUCAUGGAGAUGUUGUAUUACCACGAACUCUCCUGUUCUGUUGUCAUGGAGAUGUUGUAUUACCAGGAUCCCUCCUGUUCUGUUGUCAUGGAGAUGUUGUUUAAAACCACAUUGUACUCUAGAAGGUAUCCAUCCAUAUAACUUAACAGCAUGAGGCCCAUGGCUUGUUUAUGCAAGAAGACAGAGACCCUGACUAUGGUGAGGAUGAAGUGAGGGACAUACUAGUGUAUCAUACAGUACACCAGUUUCUCUAAGGAGCUGGUUUAUACCUCUAACCCUAGUGUAUCAUACAGUACACCAGUUUCUCUAAGGGACUGGCGUAUACCUCUAACCCUAGUGUAUCAUACAGUACACCAGUUUCUCUAAGGGACUGGCGUAUACCUCUAACCCUAGUGUAUCAUACAGUACACCAGUUUCUCUAAGGGACUGGUUUAUACCUCUAACCCUAGUGUAUCAUACAGUACACCAGUUUCUCUAAGGGACUGGCGUAUACCUCUAACCCUAGCGUAUCAUACAGUACACCAGUUUCUCUAAGGGACUGGCGUAUACCUCUAACCCUAGUGUAUCAUACAGUACACCAGUUUCUCUAAGGGACUGGCGUAUACCUCUAACCCUAGUGUAUCAUACAGUACACCAGUUUCUCUAAGGGACUGGCGUAUACCUCUAACCCUAGUGUAUCAUACAGUACACCAGUUUCUCUAAGGGACUGGUUUAUACCUCUAACCCUAGUGUAUCAUACAGUACACCAGUUUCUCUAAGGGACUGGUUUAUACCUCUAACCCUAGUGUAUCAUACAGUACACCAGUUUCUCUAAGGGACUGGCGUAUACCUCUAACCCUAGUGUAUCAUACAGUACACCAGUUUCUCUAAGGGACUGGCGUAUACCUCUAACCCUAGUGUAUCAUACAGUACACCAGUUUCUCUAAGGGACUGGUUUAUACCUCUAACCCUAGUGUAUCAUACAGUACACCAGUUUCUCUAAGGGACUGGUUUAUACCUCUAACCCUAGUGUAUCAUACAGUACACCAGUUUCUCUAAGGGACUGGCGUAUACCUCUAACCCUAGUGUAUCAUACAGUACACCAGUUUCUCUAAGGAGCUGGUUUAUACCUCUAACCCUAGUGUAUCAUACAGUACACCAGUUUCUCUAAGGGACUGGCGUAUACCUCUAACCCUAGUGUAUCAUACAGUACACCAGUUUCUCUAAGGAGCUGGUUUAUACCUCUAACCCUAGUGUAUCAUACAGUACACCAGUUUCUCUAAGGGACUGGCGUAUACCUCUAACCCUAGUGUAUCAUACAGUACACCAGUUUCUCUAAGGGACUGGCGUAUACCUCUAACCCUAGUGUAUCAUACAGUACACCAGUUUCUCUAAGGGACUGGCGUAUACCUCUAACCCUAGUGUAUCAUACAGUACACCAGUUUCUCUAAGGGACUGGCGUAUACCUCUAACCCUAGUGUAUCAUACAGUACACCAGUUUCUCUAAGGGACUGGUUUAUACCUCUAACCCUAGUGUAUCAUACAGUACACCAGUUUCUCUAAGGGACUGGCGUAUACCUCUAACAUGAUUGUCUGUUAUUAAACUGUAACUAAACCCUAGUGUAUCAUACAGUACACCAGUUUCUCUAAGGAGCUGGUUUAUGCCUCUGACUUUAAUUCUAAACCCAAUGAUUUAUUUCUAUUCAUUUUGUAAUGGAACUACUACUGUACACUGACUACCUAAUCACUCACAUCUGAAUCAUAUCAAUUAGUGUCUUCGGUGUUACUGUAAAACCUCUGUGAUUCUUGUAAAUCAUUCACCUAAUAAUUUCUUAUAUGUUUAUUAAUGUAGCAAACACAUAGAAAACAACUAUAAAAAUAUUUUUCACUCAAUGUAUGUAAUUAAAUCUCUAUUGUGAUGUGGUGCAACAGCA